UUGCCUAGUUUGAUUCAAAGUCAUACCGAGGCUUCUGGAUCUGCAAAUGCUGUUAAAAAAGAACGAAAUACAGCUAAUUUGGUUCCAGACUUCAUUUAUCUUGGGCAAAUAGGAAAUGGUGGUAAUGAACAACCAGUGGACUCGAGGGUUUCUCUUCAACAACGAUCUGAUGGUCCAUACAUCACAACUGCAGUGGAAAAGGAGAACUGCAAAUGAAACAAAGUUGUUGUUCCUAUUAGCAUGGUACAAAGACCUUCUAAUGGUUUGUGCCAAUCAGCAGAAAGCUCUACAAUUCUGGCUCAUAGAAAAGUUGAUGCCAUUGGCCUUGCAAAGAAAACAGAGGACAGCGGAGAAAUCAAGAAACUGGUUCCAAACAUCUUUAUAGAGCGGAGAGAACAGGGGGAAUUGGCCAACCAAUUGAGAAGGUUGAAGCAAAAGUAUUGAGGGGAAAGAGAAUAAAAUGGUAGGGGAAGCUUGUGGUAGAAAUGACGCAAGAUGCAUGAGCAGUGGUCAGGAUAAGAAGAACAAGGACAAGGACAAACUCAAGGAGAAAGGAAAAGAGAAGACAAAAUCGAGACAUAAAUGUGAGCAAAAAAAUAAAGAAUAUGAUUAGAUAAGGGAUAUAGGAAAAAAAGGAUUGGAUAGGUAUUUCAAAUCUAGAACUGCUAGCUUCUCAGAGAGACAAGAAAAGGAGUCGCAAUACUGAUGAAAAUAAGAAGAGAAAGGAACUUGAGAUGAAUGGCCUUCUGCAUGAGAAUGAUAUGCUGCCUGAUAAAUUCCAAGGACAACUCCUACCCACACAGAAAAUGGGAUGCUAGUGGACUCGUCCCAUGUUUCUUGUUCUUCCAUGAAGCCUGAGGCCAUAAAUAACAUUUAAGGCAGGAAAAAUUUCUGUAAGUAAUGAGGAACACAUUCUAAAUGGUGUAGAAAUGCCUCCACCAUCCUCAGAUGAAUCGAGGUAUCCAGCUGUUAUAGACAAUUCGAAAGGGCAAGUUUCUUUGAAGCCUCACUGAGAUUUCAAGUAUCUCAGUGAAAUAUACUCCAUGCGCAAAAUGGAUGAUUUGCCAGAGUAUGAUGACCAGGAGUGGCUAUGCUACAGCUUUCGACUUCAAUCAAAACCAAAGACAGAGCUUGAGGCUGAUGAGACACCUCAAGUGUGGGCUGAGGCAAUAAGAAUUGGGUCCGAGAGUGUUCUCACUUUGCCAUAUGUCAUUCCAUUUUGAUAUCAAACUUCCUUUAUACCUGAUUCAUAUUGAAGAUAUGGUAGCGGGACCGAGAUACACAACUUAUUAAUUCUUGCUGCCUUUCAUCCCUUCAGAAGCUGAAAUGUAGAUGUCAGUCACUUGGCAUCCUAAAUAUAUCUCACAUCGUGGAUGCUCAAAUGACUUUUUGAAGCCACAAUAAUGAAAAUGCAGCGAUGGCAUACUUCUGGACGAGAAGAGGUGAAAUGACUGUGCAAAUAGGAGCCUGAACCCUGCCUCGAGGCAGGCAUUCACUGGAGAAGAUCCGAGUACGUGGCUUCCACCUGCGCACUGCUGUGUAGCGCCUCGGAGAAGCGCCGUUCCCUCGCUGUCUCCCGUCACCGUCAACGUUCUGCCCUGGUGGGAUAGGGGCCGGCGAGGAGGCAGGAGCCUGGACCCUGUUUUGUGGCGGGUACUCACUGGAGUACGUGGCCUCCGCGUGCGCACCUCAUGGGAGCAGGCUCGUCCCCUCGCUUUCUCCUCCUGCACAGCAAACAGAGGCCGGUUGUCCCCAUCACCCUCAACGGUCGACCGCAGAGGGACCGGCCCAGUGGCAAAGGAGGAGCCUGAACCCUGUCUUGCGGCGCGUACUCACUGGACAUAUCCGAGUACGUGCCAUCCGCUCGCGGACCACUGGGCUGCGGGUGUGACUCAUCCGAACCAGAAAACAGCAUCUAAAGGUCCCCAGCAUCAUCAGCGAUAGACGGCUACGGGAUGGGGGCCAGUGCAACGGUAGAAACCUGAACCCUGUCUCGCGGCGCACACUCUCACUGGCCAGAGUUGUCCAUGGGAGAGGCCGUGUCCCCGCGCUGUCUCCUCCGGCAUGGCAAACGGGUCCCCAUCAUCGACAACGUUCGAACGUCUCUUUCCUCUGUUUUCUUUAUUCCCGGCGCUUUCUUUCUCCAAAACUAAGAAGUAAAAGCAGCAGAGCGCACGCAUCCAAAGGAAGCCGACGCCAGGGCGAAACAAAGCGCAGUUCUUUCGCUCUGCUACCAAGAACAGACUUGAAAACACCACCACGACAAUCUCACCCCCUCUCUCUCUCUCCAUUGAUUGGUACUGUUUAACCCUUGUCGUCUUACUUCCGGUAGCUGAAGUGGUUCAACUCGCCAUGAAUGCCUUUUUCAUUUACUCCUUGGAAUUUCCUAUAAAGGUCGCAACUUUCCUCACUCCCAGAGUUUAUUGUGAGUUGCAGCGCUGCUAAUUUCCCGUGUUGGAAGCUCGAGAAACGGAAGAGCCGAGGAAUCCAGAGAAGAGAAGCAGCUUUCUUCGCGCCUGACCAUGCCGCGGCACAGAGAAAUGGCCCUCCUCCCUCUUCUCAUCCUGCUCUGCUUAUUCUCUUCGCUGGCAGCGAAAGGUGGGAGAUUUGCGAGGCUGGGCAUCAACUAUGGCACCCUCGGAGACGACCUCCCCUCCGCCGCCCGCUCCGUGGCCCUCCUCCGCUCCAUCGGCGCCGGAGCCGUGAAGAUCUACGACGCCAACCCGGCCAUCCUCCGCGCCCUCGCCGGAACCCGCCUCCGCGUCUCCAUUAUGGUGCCCAACGAGAUAAUCCCCUCCCUGGGCACCAACGCCUCCCUCGCCGACGCCUGGGUCGCCGCCUACCUCACCCCCUUCUACCCCGCCGUCCGUGUCCGCUACCUCCUCGUCGGCAAUGAGAUCCUUUCCUACACCUCCCUCGCUAACUCCACCUGGCCUUUUCUCGUCCCUGCCAUGGUCAACAUCCACCGCUCUCUCAUCGCCCGCUCCAUCCGCGAUGUCAAGGUCAGCACGACCUUCGCCAUGGACGCCCUCGGGAUCUCCUUUCCGCCCUCCGCCGGCGCCUUCCGCUCCGACAUUGCCGAACCGGUGAUCCGACCUCUCCUCCGGUUCCUUCACAAGACCCGCUCCUACUACUUCGUCGACGCCUACCCUUACCUUGCCUGGGCCUCGAAUCCCUCCUCCAUCCGCCUCGACUACGCCCUCUUCACCGCCAAUUCGAGCUUCAACUACUUCGACCCCGGAAGCAAGCUGACCUACACCAACCUGUUGGACCAGAUGCUCGAUGCGGUGGCGGCCGCGAUGGGCCGUCUAGGGUUCGGCGACGUCCGGAUGGCCGUGGCCGAGACGGGUUGGCCGAACGCCGGUGACCUGGACCAGAUUGGAGCGAAUGUCCACAACGCGGCUACUUACAACCGGAACCUCGUGCAGCGGAUGGCGGCGCGGCCUGCAGCGGGGACGCCGGCAAGACCAGGGGCGCUGAUGCCGGUGUUCAUCUUCUCGCUUUACAACGAGAACCAGAAGCCGGGGCCGGGGACGGAGCGCCACUGGGGCUUGCUCUACCCCCACGGGAAGAUGGCCUACGAUGUGGACCUGAGCGGGCGGCGGCCGUUGGCGUCAUACCCGUCGCUGCCGCCCCCGGAGAACAACGAGCCGUACAAGGGGCGGAUAUGGUGCGUGUUUGGCGGUGGUCGGAGGGCGGCGUCGAACGCGACGGCAGUGGGGGCGGCGCUGGCGUAUGCGUGCGGGCAGGGGAACGGCACAUGCGACGGGAUCCGGCCCGGCGGGCCUUGCCACAAGCCCAACACGAUCGUGUCGCACGCCUCUUACGCCUUCAAUUCGUACUGGCAGCUGUUUCGGCGGGCCGGUGCGACGUGCUUCUUUGACGGGCUCGCCUUGCAGACCAAAACAGAUCCAAGUUAUGGAUCGUGCAAAUACCGAAGUUUGGCAAACUAAGCAGAUACUAAAAUGUAUUGAGGACACCAUAUUCAAGACUCUGUGAGUGAGAUUAGUUUGCAGUGGUGUCUCAGUUUUGAGGAUGGAUAUAUCUACAUAAAUUCGAUGAUGUUUCGCUUCGCCGUCCAUAUAUUCUCUACAUGUAUCUCUUUUAAACUCCCUUUUUUGGCAUUUUUAUCCAUUAUUGCACUUCAUGUAGUGUGUUGAUAUCAA